AUGAGUGAGGAAAGGAAGGAGGUCAAGAGCAAUGGACUGGAGAAGCUGCCACUUCACGCAAAUGCAAAUAUUAAAUACAAGGAGGAGAUUGGUGUUGGCUACAGGUGGGGAGGCCACACCCUGGCAAAUCAGUCAAAAGCACCUGAGAGUCGUUAUAUUACUGCCAGCAGUUCUGAAGUGUUUUCAUCAGAAGGCCCUAGUGUUACUCUGUCCUGUACCUAUGCAGUUAAAGCUGAUAAUCUCGUGUGGUAUCGACAGGAUCCUGGAUCAAGCUACGAGGAGACAGAGACUCAGGGAGGAGCUGAGCUGUUACUGAACUAUAGAAGAGAGAGGAACUUCUAUAUUCAACAGACUCCAAUACACAAAUCAGCAACAUUACCUUUAUUCAACAUGCUGUCACUGCAUUGUAUGAUUUCUCUUCUGUUUUUUUCCAUCCUCACAGGUGUCAGCUGUGAAGAACUCACUCCAGUCGAGAAAGAAGAGAACAGUUUAGAAGGAAGCUCUGUUACUUUGUCCUGCAGAUACUCAAAACAAGCUGAUAAUGAUUAUUUCUUCUGGUAUCGACAAUAUUCAGGAAAACCACCAGAGUUCAUCAUAUUCAUCUCAGAGAUGUACUUUACAAAACAAGCAGAAUCUCUGACAAGAUUCUAUGCUAAAUUGUCUGAAGAAAAGCAUAGUGUGGAUCUUCAGAUCUCCUCUGCUGCAGUGACAGACUCUGCUCUGUACUACUGUGCUGUGAGGCCCACAGUGACAGCAAACCCACAGUCUCUGUACAAAAACACAAGCUGA